ACGUCUGCUUCAGCAGCUGAGAGGGUGGCAACGUCGGGGCCAUGCGGCUGGGUCGGGUCCUGCUGUUUCUGGCCGCCGUCUUCCCUUUUCCACCCCCGGGAGCCACCGCUGAGCCCCACAGUCUUCGUUAUAACCUCACAGUGCUGUCCCAGGAUGGAUCUGUGCAGUCAGGGUUUCUCGCUGAGGGACAUCUGGAUGGUCAACUCUUCCUGCUCUGUGACAGGCAGAAAUGCCCAGCAGUGCCGCAGGGACAGUGGGCAGAAGCAGUCCUGAGAGCUGAGCCCUGGCACACAGAGAUCGAGGACUUGAUAGAGAAUGAGAAGGACCUCGAGAUGACCCUGGCUGAUGAAAAGUGGCAGAAAGGAGCUUUGCAUUCCCUCCAGGAGAUUAGACUCUGUGAGAUCCAUGAAGACAACAGCACCAAGGGCUUCCGGCAUUUCUACUAUGAUGGGGAGCUCUUCCUCUCCCAAAACCUGGACACUCAGAAAUGGACAGUGCCCAAGGCCUCCACAGCUCAGGCCAUGGCUGCGAACAUCAUGAAUGUCUGGAAUGAAGAUGCCCUGAAAGCUGGCACUGUGCUGGCAGACUGCCUUUGGAAACUACGGCGAUAUCUGGAAUCUGGGGCAGGCGUCAGGAAAACAGUGCCCCCCAUGGUGAAGGUCACCCGCAGUGAGGAUUCAGAGGGCAACAUCAACGUGACAUGCUGGGCUUCCGGCUUCUAUCCCCGAAAUAUCACACUGACCUGGCGUCAGGAUGGGGUAUCUUUGAGCCACAACGACCAGCAGUCGGAGGGUGUCCUGCCUGAUGGGAAUGGAACCUACCAGAUCCGGGUGACCAUCAGGAUUCGCCAAGGAGAAGAGCAGAGGUUCACCUGCUACAUGGAACACAGUGGGAAUCACAGCACUCACCCUGUGCCCCCUGGGAAGGUGCCGGUGCAUGAGAUUCAACAGCCAGCCAGUCCACAUGUUCCUGCUGCUGCUGCUCCUGCUACUGCUCCUGCUCCUGCUAUUAUUGCUGUUGCUAUUAUUGCUCCAUUUGGUGGGGGAGACACCAAGGAAAAGAUAUAUGAGGCCCGGACUGGGGGCCCUGCCUGUGCAGACCCUUGGAGGCCCUCUUGUAACAAGGAGGGUCCUGGUCGCACGCGGCCAUCUCUGUCCACUUUGCAGCUCCCCAUGCAUCUCCUUCAGGAGCUGCCUGGGGGUGUCAUGUCCUCUGUGUCACUCGAGGCCAUGCUCUUUCCAGAGCUCGUGAGCCUACAGGUCCUGGAUCAACUCAUGGUUGGGACAGGAGACCACAGGGAUGCCACGCAGCUGGGAUUUCAGCCUCUGAUGUCAGCUCCUGGGCCCAUUGGCUCCACUGAGGGCACCGAGAAUCUGCAGCCAGGCGGCUAGGACGCAGCUCCCUGC